CAGUGUUCGCCUGCUAAGAAGUGAUCUAUUGCUAAACUGUCACACAGGAACGGGGCAUUUGGUGAGCUAAAACAAUGCAUUUGGAUAUAAUUUGGGUAACUGCCUGUUUUCUUUCCUUCCCUUUGAUCUCAUCACAAGAAACCAAACCUCUUUAUGUCAUGAUGGCACCCCAGAUUCUGAAGGUGGGUUCAGCAACAAAUGUGUUUGUUGAGAUACAAGACAACCCAAAUGAAAGUGAAAUAAUAGAAGUCAGUAUACGAGUACUGAAUUUCCCAACUAAAGACACAAGCCUCCACACUUCAACAGUGAAACUUACACGUGAAAACAAAUUUCAGUCCACCGCUAAAAUAGAGAUACCAUACAUGGAGAACAUUUUUAAAGCUGAUUCCAGAGAAAAACAAUAUGUAUAUCUUCAGGCAAUGUUUAAAUUAAAAUCCCUUUUGCAACAAUCAUUGGAGACAAUCGUUUUGAUCAACUUCCAGUCUGGAUACAUAUUUGUACAGACGGACAAAACAAUUUAUACUCCAGACAGUACUGUCAAAUACAGGAUUUUUGCCCUGGACACCAACUUAAAGCCUGUUAAAAGUCAAGUGAUCACAGAGAUUGUGACUCCAGAUGGAAUUGUUAUCCCCAAGAAUACCCUACACAUUCCUGCUAAUGGAUUGGUGACUGAAGAACACAAAUUAGCCAGUCCGGUCAGUAACGGGAUCUGGCAAAUCACAACAAAGGUUAAAAACAGCCCUUACACGAAUUACACUGCACAGUUUGAAGUCAAAGAAUAUGUGCUGCCCAGUUUUGAAGUCGAGCUGGUUCCAGACAGUCCUUUUUACUACACCGAUGAUAAAGAGCUGACGGUUACUGUCAAGGCCAAAUAUUUGUUUGGGAAGAAAGUUAAUGGAAAUGCUGUUGCAGUGUUUGGCAUUGUAGAAAACCAAAGGAAAAUAACUCUCCCAGCAUCUCUCCAGAGAGUACCAAUCAAAAAUGGGGAAGGAACAGUAAAGUUGAUCAUGACAGACAAUAAUCAUCUCAACAUUGCAGACCUCAAUGAUAAAAUCCUUUUCCUGUCUGUCAGUGUUAGAUCUGAGUCUGGUGAGAUAGUGGAAGCCCAGAGGGGAGACAUCCACAUAGCUACGUCACCCUAUUCAAUUCACUUCAUAAGGACCCCAAAGUAUUUUAAACCGGGAAUGCCAUUUGAUUUCACCGUGUUAGUGACAAACCCUGAUAAAGCACCAGUAAAAAAUCUUGGACUGUUGCUUGAUGAAACCAAAGACUCUAACAUUAAUCACCAGAACUCAGUGGUAAGCACAAACAAUGAUGGGAUGGCCCAGUUCAGCAUCAAUACAGGAAAACAAUACACCAGGCUUAAAAUUAAGGUACAGACCAACGAUUCAAAACUUAAGCCAGAACGUCAGGGAAUGAAAGAGAUGGAGGCGUUUCCCUACAAUCCCAAAGAUGGGUCUAAUAAUUACCUACACAUCAGCAUACUUAAGAGUGAGGUGGAAGUAGGCAAUAUGGCCCAAUUCAGGCUUCAUCUAGGUGACACUCCUAAUGUUCAGAAUCAAGACUUUACUUACAUGAUCCUUAGUAGAGGACAAAUUUUAAGUGUCCACAGAUUCAAAAGAUCGGAUAAUUCCCAGAUAGCACUGGAUACUAAAGUCACCAAAGACAUGCUUCCCUCUUUUCGUUUCGUGGCUUAUUACCAUGUGGGUUCAUCUGAGGUGGUUUCUGAUUCAAUCCUGGUUGAUGUAAAGGACACGUGCAUGGGAUCGCUUCAAGUGAAGACCGAAAACUCUCUAUAUAGUCAAUAUUCUCCAUCUGCCCCCAUCACUUUGAAAAUCACUGGAGAUCCAGGAGCAAAUGUUGGACUUGUAGCUGUGGAUAAAGCCAUUUAUUUCCUUAACAACAAGAACAGACUCACACAAGCCAAGAUGUGGGAUUACGUAGAUAAAACUGACAUUGGUUGCACAGCAGGAAGUGGGCAGGACAGCAUGGGUGUGUUCCAUGAUGCAGGGCUAGUGUUUCAGUCUAAUGAUGCUGGAGGCACCUUAAACAGAAGAGAUUUUUCUUGCCCAUCUGCUUUGAUGCGAAGACGUCGGGAUGUUAACUUACUGCAACUUAAAAAUACACUUGUGGGAAAAUUUAAUGGCAAUCUGAAGAAGUGCUGCAUGGAUGGGAUGGUGAAGAACUUACUGGACUACUCGUGUCAGCGUCGUUCAGAGUAUAUAAUGGAUGGAGAGGAAUGCAGGAAAGCUUUUGUGGAAUGCUGCAUGGAGAUUAUUAAAAUGGAGGAGAAAGCCAUUGAGGAAGAGCUGGUUCUUGCUAAAAGCAGCCAUGACGACUCAAUAGAAGAGAUCUUAGAAAAUGUUAAUGCGCGCAUAUGGUUCCCUGAGAGCUGGCUUUGGCAUACAGUUGUCCUUCCUAACUGUGACAGUAAGCAAUCAUGUGAGACAACCUCUGACAAAGUAACUACAAACCUUCCAGCCUCAAUAACCACAUGGGUGAUCACUGCUAUAAGCGUGUCUAAAGAUAACGGUAUUUGUGUUGCUGAUUCUACGGAAGUUGCUGUUCAAAAAAACUUCUUCAUUGAUCUGAAACUGCCUUACUCAGUUGUCGUCAAAGAGCAAAUACAAAUCAAAGCCAUUAUACACAACUCAUUACAACUUUUUGAGGAUGACGAUAAUAAAGUGUUUGUGGAGCUGCUCCCUACUGAUAGUAUAUGCAGUGAGGCCAGCAAUAAGAAGAAACACCGUAAGAUUAUUGAGGUGCCAUCUAAGUCAUCUUACACUGUGACCUUUCCAAUCAUUCCCCUGAAAACCGGAGAAUUUGAUAUAACAGUGAGAGCAGCACAUCGCUCAAUGGGCAUGGUAGAUGCAGUGAAGAAACAACUUAAAGUGGUGACAAAUGGUGUGCUGACUAAAGUUAAUGAAUUGACUUAUGUUCUGGAUCCAGCCCGGGCCGGUGGAAAUCAGAAAAUACAGAUACAGAAGCCCGUACUGAAUGAUCAAAUGCCAGGCACAGAUGCUAAGACUCAUGUCUUUGUAAGAGGCAGCCCAUUAGAGCAGCUGACCGAACAGGCCAUUUACGGGCAUGAUUUGGGGCGGUUUAUUCAGAAACCAUAUGGAUGUGGAGAGCAGAAUAUGAUGAGAUUGGCACUCCCAGUCAUCGCAACCCUUUAUCUUGACAAAACCAACAGGUGGAAUGAUGUGGGGGUGGACAAACGCAUGGAUGCUCUCCAGCACAUGUCUACAGGUGUUUUGACACAGAUGAAAUUUCGCAACGAAGAUGGUUCAUUCACAGUUUUUAACGGUUUACCUGGCAGUGUGUGGUUAACCGCAUAUGUUGUCAAAAUUUUCUCAAUGGCAUCAAAUCUGAUUUCUAUGAACAAGAAUGUGAUCUGUGAUGCCAUGGAGUGGUUAAUCUCACAACAUCUCAAGAUUGGAGCUUUUUCUAAGGAUCGAAAUCAAGAGCUCUUUAUCACAGCCUAUGUUCUUAUGGCACUUCAGGAGGGACGAGAGGUUUGCUCUAAACAAUUAACAGAUCUUGAACAUCAUGAGAAGAAAUCAAUUGAAUAUCUUCAGGGUCACAUUUCAGAAACAGAUCCUUUAUCUGUUGCCAUAGCACUGUACACUCUAGAGAACGCUGACAAAAUGAACAAAGAUCAAAUAACAACGUUUUUCCAAAAGUUUUUAAUACAUGAUUCAAAUGGAAGAUAUUGGAAUGUGUUGGGGAAUCAUCUUUCUAAGCUGGAGGCCACUGGAUAUGCUCUGCUCACACUCAUAAAGAGAAAAGACUUUAUUACUGCAGAACCUGUUGUGAGAUGGUUGCAACAACAUCAGAUGUACAUGGGAACUUACGGGUCAUCACAGACAACAGUUGUGGUCUACCAGGCUUUGGCUAAGUACUAUGAGGAGGUCGAACAGCCGAAAUACCCAGAUCUAGAAGUUACUCUCUCACUUUCAACAAGAACUACAUCUACUAAACUGCUAUUUACCAAAGGCACUGAACGUCUACGACACUCUCAGAAUUUUAACGCCAAUAACAACUUAACUGUGAUCGCGAAUGGGGCAGGAAAGGGAUCCAUCUCUUAAAUGGCUGUGCCGUGGUUGGAUAUUGCAGAUUAAGGGGCGGUAUUAUUAUAAUAGGACCUUCUUAUGACAUCAUAAGGAGAGCCACAUUUUAAUUACCUCCCAGCUAGAAGAAAAAAGUUCUAAGAACAUUCCCUGAAAGUUCCCAAGGUUCCCAAAAACAUUCUGCCAACGUAAAAAGUGUCCAGUUUUCUUUAAGUUCUAAGAACGUUUCUGUUGUCUGAACGUUAGAGGAAUGUUACAUUUUACCAUUUUUAAACGUUAUGACAAUGUCAUGUUUUAAUGUUCACACAAUGUUUAAAACAACAACUGUUUAUUAUAUUGACUUGUUUAAUUGUUAUGUACAUGAUAGAGAAACAUUGCAUUUUAUAAAACAUUAUUUCUGAAUGUUCAGUAAAUAUAUUGCUGUAGAAAACACAAUUCACUUAUUAGGUUUAGAUGUUGAUGUUUUGUUUCAUUUUAAGUCACCAUUAUUGUGAUUAGUGUUUGUUUUAGUUGGACUCUUGACUAGUGGUGCAACGGAUCGCAGUUGAUCCGUGAUCUGUACGGAUCACGACCCACGGUUCGGCUCGCAUGUGAUUCGCGGAUUAAUACGCAAAUUUAAAUAGGGAAAGUUUAUCAUUUGUAAGUAUUAUAAAGGUUUGCAAAUGUUAACAUUCAAGUGAUUUUAAACAGUUUAACUGCAAAACGGCGCUAAAGUGAUCAGUUUACUUUACGCACAAACGCACGCGUGCGGUUGAAUGCGUCCGGUCCAGCUCGAGUCAGACAUCAUCCUUCAAAGAUCAGAACUCUUGAUGUUUAAAUUUCAGAGAGUUGCGCUACUCUCUCUCAUACUGUAGUGUAUUAAAAUACAUUUGGCUAAUAGAGCAAUGAAAAACAACGUAACGUUUUUAUGUGGGACGACUGUAAUGCUGCGCCGUCUGUAAUUCGCCCUCUGUCUGUGUCUGUGCGCUCGUUUAAGGGGACUCGGUAGUGCACAAACGGAGAGAUGCAGUCUGUGCAUAUUUGGUCUUAAAGAGACAGUAAGCUCAAUUGACCUACUUAAGUCUGUGUCAUUAAUGUUAAUCAAAGAACCCAAGACAAAGAGAAAAUCACUGCUGAAGCUUUAAAAAAAUAAUAAUUACAUUUAAUUAAUACAAUAAAUGCAGUGUUAUUAUUCAUUUGAUUUCUGUAACUAAUGAUUUUAGACCUUACUUAAUGUGCAACCUUGUUCUUUUUAUAAAUGUUUGUAAUUUCUUGAUUUGUUAUUAGAAUUUUCCCAUACUUUUUUUUUGCUGAUCCGAAAAAUGAUUCGAUCCGUGCCUCAAAAUCCGUAAUGUGAUCCGAACCGUGAGUUUUGUGAUCCGUUGCACCCCUACUUUUGACACUUGACUAUUCUUUGCUAGUUAUUUCCCUGGUUGUGUUAACUUUGUGUUAAUGCACCUCAUUUGUUAUAAACAUGUAAAGUUAAUAGUGUAAUUCUGUGGUUGUUGGUACAUAAUGGUAAAGAUCAUUACCUAAUCCGUUUACAAAUCAAAAGUUUAUUGUCUUUCAAUAAUGUAUAUUAGAUCCAGCUCUUUCACAGCAGUUUGUCAUUAAGGAGUUUUAGAAACUUUGGACAAAACAUUUCCGCUG